AUGCGGAAAAGAUUUAUUCCAUCAUACUACCAUCGAGAUCUUUAUCAACAACUUCAAAACCUUACUCAAGGAAAUAGAAGUGUUGAAGACUAUUAUAAGGAGAUGGAGAUAGCGAUGAUUCGAGCUGAUAUCGAGGAGGAUCGAGAGGCAACCAUGGCUAGGUUCCUUGCGGGUUUAAACCGUGACAUUGCCAACAUAGUUGAACUACAACACUAUGUUGAAGUGAUGGACAUGGUUCACAUGGCGAUUAAGGUUGAAAAGCAACUUAAGCGAAAAGGAGUUAGUAGACCCUAUGCCAAUUCUUCAAUCAACAAAUGGAAUCAAGGAGUCAACAAACCCCUUGUUAGAACAAAAGAGCCGACUGUAGCAGUUAAAUCAAAUCAACCCGUUGGAGAGACAAAUCGAAAUAAAAAUGAGCAAGCGCCAAAUCGCACGAGAGACAUAAGAUGUUUCAAGUGUCAAGGCCGAGGGCACAUAGCUAGUCAAUGUCCCAAUCGACGAAUUAUGGUGAUAAGAGCUGAUGGAGAAGUUGAGUCGGAGGAAGAGGAUGAAAAUGAACCUGAAAUGCCAUCCGAUGAUGAAGAUUUAGAGUUGCCCGUUGAAGGAGAAAUUCUUGUGGUGAAGCGUAGCCUCGAUAUUCAAAGUGUUGAAACCGAUCAACAAAGGAGAAUAUUUUUCACACUCGAUGCCACAUUCAAGGCAAGUAUUAUGUUGGUGGAAAAGCAAGGUUUGGCUGCAACUAAACAUCCAACUCCAUACAAGUUGCAAUGGCUAAAUGAUGGAGGUGAGCUGAAAGUAACAAAACAAGCUGUGGUGGCAUUUUCUAUUGGAAAGUACCAAGAUGAAGUGGAAUUCAAAGACGUUUUCCCGGAAGAUGUGCCAAGUGGAUUGCCUCCUUUUCGAGGUAUUGAACACCAAAUAGACUUUAUUCUCGGAGCUACAAUUCCAAAUCGACCAGCUUAUCGAAGCAACCCAGAGGAAACUAAAGAGUUGCAACGACAAGUAGCGGAAUUAAUGGAAAAAGGCUAUAUACGGGAGAGUUUAAGUCCAUGUGCGGUUCCCGUUCUGUUGGUGCCUAAAAAAGAUGGUUCAUGGAGGAUGUGCGUAGAUUGCCGAGCUAUCAACAAAAUUACCGUCAAAUACCGACAUCCCAUUCCUAGACUUGAUGAUAUGUUGGACGAGCUUAGUGGUGCAAAAUUGUUCUCUAAGAUUGAUUUGAAAAGUGGCUAUCAUCAAAUUCGUAUGCGGGAGGGGACGAGUGGAAGGCGCAUUUAA